GCACGCAGACGGACACGGCCACGGAGCACGGAUAAAACGGGCGAAAGACAAGAGAAACCUAGAAAGGCCAGGAAGCACAAGAAUAGCUGGCCCCAGUGUGUGAUGUGAUGUGUGAACAAAACGAGUGCCCCGAAAGCUAGUGUAAAAAAGUGUGACCAGCAGUGAUAAAAACCUGAACAGACUCAAUUAACUGUGAAAACCUGCUGCACACACUCACACACAUCUUACGCCGAAAGCACACACGCGGCACACACACACCCCCGCAAAGUGAGAGUGUGUAGGGGAACGUGAGAGAGACACAGAGAGGUGAAGGUGAAGCUGAAGGAGAAGCGCGAACAAUUUGUUGAAUACAACGGGACUCUGCUGCCGCAAAAGAAAAAGCGAAAGUGAAAAGGGCAAACUAAAUUUUAAUUCGCCAAACUGAAAUAAAACUAACUGGAAAUUCGCAGCGAGCCCAGGCAAACAAACACAAAAAAGGGGAGAAAAUUGGCGGCGCAAAAGUUAAAAGGGACAAAGACGAUUAAGCAGCUUGCCAAGGACGAGGACCCGAAAGAUAUUUCCUCGGAGGGGACGACUAGGCUACGCUGAAAUUGCGACUUUCAUAGAGCAGAGGCCAACACGUUCAGUGUAUAAUAUUUGAAAUCAAAGCGUUAGGGUCCAACCAUGACGGCCGUGUACGUGAAUCACAAGCUCAACAUGCGCACAACGGCUGUCAAAAUGAAGCGGACCCGACAUCCUGCCGCAUCCCGCCCCGGUCCGAGCCCAAGUCCAAGUCCAUGUCGAAGUCCAAGUCCUCGUCCAAGUCACAGUUCGAUUCCCACGAUCCCCAGCAAGUGUCACGGCCAACCGGAAACGGAAGCGGAAGCGGGCCGGGCCAAUUGAAGCUGGGAGCAAGGACGUCGGAGGCAGCGGCAGCGCCAUCAGCAGCGGCACAAACUAAGAUAAUUCAAUCGCGUUUUCUACACAUUUACGGUUUACUUUGCCUCGGUUCCUUGAUGGCUUGCAUUAAAACUAUCGCCGCUUCAAUUGCGCAGCCAACGCUGGCGGAAGCGGAUGCACAAGAUAAAGAUAAAGAGCGGGAAGCGGAAACGAAAAUGGAAGCGGGAGCGGAGACAAAGGGGGAAGCAGAAGCGGAUGCGGAAACGGAUGCCCGCAUCAUGGCAACGGGAAUUUGCAUUAUAAGACUGAUAACAUUAAAGAGAUUUCUAGAGAAUUCCAAAACCGACACACACAAUCAAAGGCGCCAGCAAUCAGCAACGUCAGCAGCAUCAGCCUCGUCAGCACCGCCGCCGCCAGCACCUGGAGCACCUGGCCCGCGGAGGAGACACCUCCAUUACCCGGCACAUCCAGCCGCACAUGCAGCAGGACACCCAGGACACCCGGAGGCCUGCACCCUGCUAAUGCUCCUGCUACUCACCAGCCUGUGGCCGGAUUGCUGCGACUGCCUCCACGGCGGCAGCAACACGGUGAAGACCAAGUACGGCCUGCUGCGGGGCAUCGUCGUCCGCUCCUCGCCGCUCGUGGAGGCCUUCCUGGGCAUCCCCUACGCCUCGCCCCCGGUGGGCAGUCUCAGAUUUAUGCCCCCCAUAACGCCCUCGACGUGGAAAACGGUGCGCAGCGCGGAUCGAUUCUCGCCGGUCUGUCCGCAGAACAUCCCCAUACCGCCCAACGGACCGGAGGCGCUCCUCGAGGUGCCCCGCGCCCGCCUCGCCCAGCUGCGCCGCCUGUUGCCGCUGCUCAAGAACCAAUCGGAAGACUGCUUAUACCUAAAUAUCUAUGUGCCCUACGAGACGCGCCGCCAGAGACGAAAUACCGAUGAAACUCCUGGCGACUCAAAGACCAAGUUGUCCACAGUGGUCUUCAUCCACGGCGAGUCGUACGACUGGAACUCAGGGAAUCCCUAUGAUGGCUCCGAGCUUGCCGGCCAUGGCAACGUCAUCGUGGUGACAAUCAACUUUCGUCUGGGGAUCUUCGGAUUCCUGAAGACCGGCGGCAAGGAGAGUGCCCAGGGGAACUUCGGGCUGAUGGAUCUGGUGGCGGGUCUGCACUGGCUCAAGGAGAAUCUGCCGGCGUUCGGCGGGGAUCCGCAGAGCAUCACCCUCCUGGGCUACGGAACUGGAGCUGUGCUGGCCAACAUACUGGUUGUGUCCCCAGUCGCGAGUGACCUUAUACAGCGCACCGUUCUGGUGAGCGGCUCCGCCCUGUCCCCCUGGGCCAUACAGAAAAAUCCGCUCUUUGUGAAGAGGCGUGUGGCGGAACAGACUGGCUGUCACGGCGACAUGUUGUAUGACGACCUGGCCCCCUGCCUCCGCACCAAAAGCGUCGCCGAAUUGCUGGCCGUCAAGGUGGAUCAUCCCCGAUUCCUGGUGGGCUUCGCUCCAUUUGUGGAUGGCACUGUAAUAUCGCCCGGCGCCAAUCCCUUGGGCAGUACCACAUUGCCGAUGGGUUCAGCUAUUGUUAGUACUUCAGGAAUUGAAUAUGCAAACUUUCCGAAACGAGACCUCAUCUUCUGCCUUACAUCUGUGGAGUCCUAUUUGGAUUUGAGUGCCCAAGACUUGGAGUUCGGCUUCAAUGAGACGCGACGGGACCGCAUCCUGCGCACUUUUGUGCGGAACAACUUUCACUAUCACCUGAACGAGAUAUUUGCCGUUCUGAAGAAUGAGUACACCGACUGGGAGAAAGCCAUACGUAAUCCUCUUAGUUCCCGGGACGCCACCCUGCAAUUCCUGAGCGAUGGCCACACGGCCUCGCCGCUGAUUAAGUUGGGCUACAUGCACAGUUUGCGAGGGGGCCGCGCCUACUUCCUGCACUUUAAGCACAAGACCAUCGAGGAGGAGUACCCGCAGAGAACCGGCUCCGUGCGCGGCGAAGAUGUGCCUUUCUGGCUGGGUCUGCCCACGUCCCCGCUCUUCCCACACAACUACACGACUCAGGAGCGCCAAAUCGGGAGUCUAAUGCUGCGAUAUCUGUCCAACUUUGCCAAAACCGGCAACCCGAACCAAUCCACGUCAAAGUCAGUGCUCCCCAAUCCAAACGAGGUCUUGGAGACCGCCCUGCACCAACAGAGAAAACGUUCCACCGGGCUGACCCAUCCGAAUCUCAGCGAGGCUCUUAAUCUGGCCGUGAUCUACAAUCAGCGGCGGAACAAUGCCAUGCACGAGAAGCGAUCCUUCAUCCGGAGAAGAAUGCGCAGCAACGAUGCUGCCUUCACCCAACUGGGAGUGUCCAGUGAACGGGAUGUGGGCAGCUACGACGGCGAUGAGCUGCCCUUCUGGGAUGCCUACGAUGUGGUUAAUCAGCUGUAUGUGGAACUGGGCAACAAGGCAAACAUUCAAAGCCACUAUCGUGGUCACAAGCUGUCCAUGUGGUUGAACCUCAUCCCCCAGCUGCAUCGCCACUUUAACAUCAACGACCAGUCCAUGCGGCACCAUCAGUUCCAGGACGACAUGAACAACAGGGAUCUCUAUGAGGGCGUUGUGCGACCUCAAUUGCAGACAAAGCCUGCUGAAGAUGAUAACAUAAUCAUCAUGCAGAGAAGCAAGACAACGACGCCACCACCACCUGCUCCUCCUGGGAAGAGUCCAAACACGAAUGCCACACAAGCCUUAAGUCCCAGCGGCACGGGGGCAACCACAACGACAGAGUGCGGCAUCGAUGGAGCCAUGUCCGUGUCGGAACUGACCACUACCCAAGCUCCGAAGGACAACAGAACCGGUGUAGCGCGAGUGGAGACGCAAAAGGACCUGGCCACCGCAUCCACCGGAAUAAUUGGCAAUCUGGAGCUGCUCCGGCGACUGGGUGGCAAACAAUUCCAGAGCUAUACGACCGCACUGAUAGCCACCGUGGCGGUGGGAUGUUUCCUGCUCAUCCUAAAUGUCCUGAUCUUCGCGGGCAUUUACCAUCAGCGCGAGAAGCGGGCUCGGGAUGCCAAGACCAAGGAGGAGCUGCAGGAGAGCGACAACAGCAAGAACUCCAGCAUGCUGAAGCUCAACGCUUUGAUGGGCGGCAGCGGCGGGGGAGCAGGUGGUCCUGGUCCAGGUGACAUCUCAGAUGCGUAUACCUUGAGCGGAUCGGUGGUGGACAGCAAGGGCGGAGUGGGCGUGGUGUUCGGGGAGUACAGCUGCUACGAUGAGAAGACCAAGCAGCUGAAGGAGGAGAAGCUGCUGGUGGAGCUGCCUCCCUCAUCGUCGACGGGUCAGACGUCCCUGAUGAUGGACACCUGGGGCCCCUGCUCCACCAGCACUUUGGAUCUGCUCAAGACCAAGCCGGGGGAUCCCAUCGAGAUGGUCACCUACAGUGCACUGCCGACGCUGAUGGAGUCCACAUCGGCCAUGAGCAGCAAGAGGGGAUCCUUUGUGGACACCACGCUGCAGUUCAACAGUCCCCAGCAAUUCGACUACGCAGUCCAGUCCUCGGACCAGAUGUCCUUCAAGGCGAUAGAGGAGGCUGUCAAGGCGGCGGCCGGGAACGACUCCGAAAUCACCCGGGACGAUGACAUCCCCGAGCCGCCGCCACCUCCUCGAUCCUUCCUAGCCGCCCAACAGCAACAGCAGCAGCAAACGGGAAUCCUGCGGCAGUCGGGCGCGGGCGGAAGUUCCACGACAGGAUCGGGGAGCAGCAGCGGCAAGAAACGUGUACAUAUUCAGGAAAUCUCAGUCUAGCAUUCAUAACCCUUCUAGUAACCAAUUGUGACCCUAGUUUAAAGUUCUUAUCUAGUAAUUUCUGCGGUCGAACUCGUCGAAGUUUAACUUUUUCUAUUUCUAAGUCCAAAUUAUUGACAUUUAUCUGUAUUUUCCUUUCCCUUACUUAAAAGAGUAACUCUCCUUUAAAACCUAAUUCGAUAGGUUCGACCCUUGCUUAUUUCUCUAUUCCCACUCACUGCCCUGAAUUUCUGCCAUACCAAUAUAAAAACAAUAAUUUUUUCUGUUUUCUGACCUCAAUGCUAAAAUUCGUUGUAACUGUGUGUAUUACGUAUGUUUGUACAUUAUGUAAAUGUUCCUUGUAGACGUGAUUGAGAUGAUAUUGUGUAGGAAUAAUUUGUCAGGUGUUAUCAUUGUGUGUAUAGUUUAUGUUACUUUUUGGUGUACGAUUAGAAUCUCAUAUUAUUCUAUUUGCUUGUUAUUUAAUAAUUAGCGAAAUCAAAAUAAUAUAAACAAGCUUUUAAUGAUUUGUAAAAGAAAACCAGAUAUUAUAACUAUAAUACACAUAUUGUAUUUAAUGUAUUGUAAAAUAUUGACUCUAUUUGUAUGAAAUACAUAUGUAUUACAAAGUAUUCAUAUUCACAUUUUAAA